ACAACUGGCAACUGAUCACUUGCCCUGCAGACCACCACAUAAUAAACAUGUUUAAUUUAAUCGUUGUGUUGUUCUGUGCAUUUAAUUCAAUCGUUUUCGCAUUUGUACAUAGUCCGUCUUUAAACGAUGUACUAUUUAACGGAGGAUAUGAUUUUAUUGACCUUACUCAUUCGUUUGAUAAAAGUACUAUUUAUUGGCCAACUAUGAAAAAUUUCACUUUUACUGAAAAGUUUAAAGAAAUUAGCGAAGACGGUUCGUGGUAUGCGGCUAAUAAUUUCGCUGCAGGUGAGCACGGUGGUACCCACUUAGACGCACCGUACCAUUUUAACCUAAACGGCAUACGUGUUGGAGCUAUACCUUUAGACAAACUGAUUGUUCCCCUCAUAGUGGCAGACAUAAGUUCCAAAGUAAAUGAUGAUCCGAAUUUCGUACUGCAAAAGCAUCAUCUGGAUAACAUGUUGAACAAUAAUUUUGGAAAACCCUUCUACAUCGUGUUUAAAUUUGGAUGGAGCAAAUUCUUUGAUGAUAGAGACAGAUAUUUGGGAAUACAAGCAAAUGGCACGUUUAACUUCCCAGGCUUAAGUGAGGAAGUGGCAGAGUGGAUUACAUCGUCAUACAAAAACAUAGUAGGUAUAGGCGUCGAUACGGCCUCCGUGGAUCCAGGUUCGAGUAUCGAUUUUCCUGUACACAAAAUAGCAUCAGCAGCAGGUCUCUUUAACACUGAAAAUGUUAAACUGGAUGUAACUGUCCCUGAUUAUGGUUGUACGGCCCUGAUAUUGCCGAUGAAAAUCGCUUCUGGCACUGGGGCGCCUCUACGUCUAGUCGCUAUCUGUCCGAAACAAGUACCUACCCGGUUUUAAAAACAUAUGUACCUGCAUUUAAUAGUAGAUUAUGAAACGCUUGCAGAUCAUUUAAUCACGAGUUGCAUUUUAUAAAACGAACGAAGUGAGUUUUAUAAUAGAGACAUGAGUGCUUUAAUGUCAAAUCAUGCACGUUUCGUAGUCUGCUUUAUCUAAUCUCAUGAAAUAGAAUCCUAACAAAAUAAAAAAGUGUGUCUUUUAUUUUGUUAGGAUACAGUUCAAUCGAUUACAUUAUAUGUAUAAUUAUUAUUAUUAUUUCGCCCACAAAGAAGAACACUUGAAUUUAUUUGAUAACUUCUUGAAAUAGACUAAUAAAACGUUUUCCGAAAACGAUGUGGCCUUUUUAUUCAUUUUCCGUAUCAUGAAAUCUUGGUAACAUUUGUCGUACAUUUUCCGGGUUACGGUUAGAAGGUAAAAAAAAGAUUGAUGGUUGUGUUUGUAGUACUUUCCAAUAUACCCCGUGGAGUUUGUUCCAUAUCAGAGCUCGAGUCAUUUUGCUAAAAAUAAAUAGAAUAAUAUUAAAAUUUUACUGGCGCCAAAAUUAUCAUACGAUGAUUUUUUUAUCCGUAUACCAACAGACAAAGAAGCCAGUUAAUUGAACUCCUCAACGGUUUCCGCAUCCGCAUAUCAUCAACGAACUAUAGCCGAAUCAUUGUUCAAAGGCGAGCGGACCUGCGCUCAGAGACACUCGUACCUUAUUUCAGAGAUUAGUUUAAAGGUUGCCAAUUCGACCAUCAAACCUGUAUCUAAAUCUCCUCGAAAAGUUGCUAGAUGUACAGUUUUUUUAUCUCAAAAAAUAGCUAGACAUAGAAGUAAAAAAAUAACAAAACAAAACAAAAUGUUAACUGAGAAAA